AGAAAAAGUUCCACAAUCUUAUCAUUUUCAUCAACACAUCAAUGGCUAUCUCAACCUCCUUCUCCAACUUCUUCCCUUUCCUCUCCCCACAAACCAAACCACAACCACCACCUCAACCUCUCCUCUCCCACUUCCCAUCUCACCACCACAACCACCGCAGCAAGACAAUCCCCCUUGUUCUCAGCCGCAAUGAAACCUCUUCUUCAGUCACAUCUUCACCACCAUCACAAGACUUGUCUUCCGAUUUCGCCUCAUAUCUCUCAGAUUCCGACUCCAUGUACUUACCAGCCCAUCAUAAUGUUAUGGUGGUUCUCGAAGAUGAUGAGCCUGAAGACCGGCUGCUCGGUAGGUUCCGUAGAGAGGUUAUGAGAGCUGGGGUUAUUCAGGAGUGUAAGAGGAGAAAGUUCUUUGAGAAUCCACAGGAUGAGAAGAAACGGAGAGUUCGUGAUGCUGCUAAGCGGAAUCGUAGGAACAGGCGUCCUAUGGGAGGAAAUCCUGCAGGAGGAGGACGGUACAACAACUACUACACGCAGGACGAUCCAAUAGCUGUGCAGGAAGAGGAUGAUGAUUACUGGGGUAUAGAUGAAUAGGAUGUGCUAAAAUUUUGACCAUACAAUUCCUCGCAUUCUGUAUGAUUCUCCGCAUUUUCCUGUGAGAGGCUUUCUCUGCAUGUAGGCUCUUUUAUGUGAAAUCAAGUACUUAGAUUCUAAUCUUGUAUUGUUCAAUAUACAUUUCAUAUGAUAACGAUAUUUAUAUUUAUUUAACAUGUUCAUUUGUGCAUCGAUA